AUGGAGCUGGCGAAGGAAGAGAAGUGUGAAUUCUUGCCCUUCCUGUCCCCGCGGAAGGUCCUGGUCAAAGGCGGGAAGAUCGUGGGCAUGCAGUUCGUGCGGACGGAGCAGGACGAGGCCGGGGCCUGGCGGGAGGACGAGGAGCAGCGGGUGCAGCUGAGAGCCGACGUGGUCAUCAGCGCCUUCGGCUCCGUCCUGAGCGACCCUCAAGUAAAAGAAGCCUUGAGCCCUAUCAAAUUUAACAGAUGGGGUCUCCCAGACGUCGACCCUGAGACGAUGCAGACCAGUGAACCGUGGGUGUUUGCAGGGGGUGAUAUCGUGGGAAUGGCUAACACGACCGUGGAAUCGGUGAAUGAUGGAAAACAAGCCUCCUGGUUCAUUCACAGAUACAUACAGUCCCAGUUCGGAGCCGCUGUUCCCGCCAGGCCCGCGCUGCCCCUCUUCCACACGCCCAUCGACCUGGUGGACAUCAGCGUGGAGAUGGCGGGGCUGCGGUUCAUCAAUCCCUUCGGCCUCGCCAGCGCGACGCCCGCCACCAGCACCACGAUGAUCCGCAGGGCCUUUGAGGCCGGCUGGGGCUUCGCCCUGACCAAGACGUUCUCUCUGGACAAGGACAUCGUGACGAACGUCUCGCCCAGAAUCAUCCGGGGGACCACCUCCGGCCCCUCCUACGGCCCCGGGCAGAGCUCCUUCCUCAACAUCGAGCUCAUCAGCGAGAAGACGGCUGCCUAUUGGUGUCAGAGUGUCACGGAGCUCAAGGCUGACUUCCCGGACCGCGUCCUCAUCGCGAGCAUCAUGUGCAGCUACAACAGGAACGACUGGAUGGAGCUCGCCAGCAUGGCCGAGGCUUCCGGAGCGGACGCCCUGGAGCUGAACCUGUCCUGUCCACACGGCAUGGGCGAGAGGGGCAUGGGCCUGGCCUGCGGGCAGGACCCGGAGCUGGUGCGGAACAUCUGCCGCUGGGUUCGGCAAGCGAUUCGCAUUCCAUUUUUCGCCAAAUUGACCCCCAACGUCACGGACAUCGUCAGCAUCGCGAGAGCUGCCAAGGAAGGUGGCGCCGACGGUGUGACCGCCACCAACACGGUCUCGGGCCUGAUGGGACUCCGAGCCGACGGCACGCCCUGGCCAGCAGUGGGCGCCGGGAAGCGGACCACGUACGGAGGAGUGUCGGGCACGGCCAUCAGGCCCAUCGCCCUGAGAGCUGUGACCUCUAUCGCUCGAGCUCUGCCCGGAUUUCCCAUCUUGGCCACGGGUGGGAUCGACUCUGCCGAAAGCGGCCUUCAGUUCCUCCACAGCGGAGCUUCUGUCCUGCAGGUGUGCAGCGCGGUCCAGAACCAGGACUUCACGGUGAUCGAGGACUACUGCACCGGCCUGCGCGCCCUGCUCUACCUGCAGGCCAUCGAGGAGCUGCAGGACUGGGACGGGCAGAGCCCAGCCACCCCGCGCCACCAGAAGGGGAAGCCGGUCCCUCGCAUCGCUGAACUCGUGGGAAAGAAACUGCCAAGCUUUGGGCCUUACCUGGAGCAACGCAAGAAGAUCAUAGCGGAGAGCAAGCUGAAGCCGAAAGGAGAGGACGAAGCUUGUCAGCCCCUCCAGAGACAGCGCUUCGCGCCCACAAAGCCCGUUCCCGCCAUCAAGGAUGUCAUCGGGAGGACCCUGCAGUACCUGGGCACCUUCGGGGACCUGAGCAUCGAGGAGCAGGUGGUGGCCCUGAUCGACGAGGACAUGUGCAUCAACUGCGGCAAGUGCUACAUGACCUGCAACGACUCCGGCUACCAGGCCAUCCAGUUUGACCCCGAGACCCACCUGCCCAGCGUGGGGGACGCCUGCACAGGCUGUACCCUGUGCCUCAGCGUCUGCCCCAUCGUCGACUGCAUCCGCAUGGUUGCCAGGACAACCCCUUACGUGCCAAAGCGAGGCCUGCCCCUGGCCGUGCAGCCCGUGUGCUAAGGUGAUCGCGGGGCCAUCUGUGGCCUCCGAGGCCACCCCGCCUGCUGAUCUCUCUGUGCGGUGGUCCGGUCCAGCCCUUUCAACAGGAAAACAGAUACAUAAUUUCUAGAUAAGCAUUGCAUCUCUGAAUCAAUUUCUAAAUUAUAUAUUAUAUAUAUAUUUAAAAAAAAGCCUGCUACCAGGCGCCAUUUGAUGAAUGAUACUAACCGAGUAAUUCUCCUCUGAGGACAGUUGCUAAAUCACAGGGUAGCGGUCAAUUGGGUGAUCACCCCACAGCCAUUCAUGGUGCAAAAUAUGUGUGUUUGGUGGCAAUGUUGCGACCGUUUCCAAACUGCCCUGGGCUGUGCUCCGUGACGGCUACUUGUGGGUGAAAUUAAGGAUUUUAGGACAAAGUAUGAUUUAACACAUAAGAAGUUUCCAAGGAAACAUUUUAUAAUUAAAAAAUUGCACUUAAUUUUAACACUGUGUCUAAGCACACAUAAUUAGCUCCAGGAAGCACAGAUGAAGAAAGUCAAUAAAUUCUUUACCGUGGCAGGAAAACACCGCGAAAGGCGGUUUGCACAACUGUGCAAAGGCCCCCCUGCGGGAAUCGCUCCCCCGGGGGCUCGGCCGGAAGGCGGGAGGAUUGUAACAGUUCACGCUCAGGCCUGAGACAGUCAGUGAAUCCCCGGGACUUUCUUGUUUAAAUACUUAAACUACAUCCCAGCAAAAUACAGUGUUGGGGUGGCGCUCUGGCGACACCCGCUCCGCCCGGUGUCACGAUCACCUUCCUUAGAACACUGAGCGUUGCCGGCACCCAGCUGACAGGGCGGCGGUCUGGGCUCGGUGUCAGGAGGGAGGAGCGGUUGGCGAUCUGUGUUCAGGGAGCAGCUGCUCACCAGUGUUCAUAUUGAAUCUCAGAAGUCAUGGAAUCAAAGAAAAAGAUCUAUUUUUCUGGCAUUGCCAAGCCGUAUUUUUGCAUUUCUCUAUUUUUGCAUCUAUUUUCAUAAUCAGCCAGCAGCAGCGUAGGACGCGUGGAUCUGAGUCGCAGCCUUUUUCAUGGGAUUCGUACGUAGGAAGUCUCUAGGAAGGACACGUGGCGUGUUUCUGUGACAAACGCGAGGACUCGAAAAAUCAAUGUUGGAUGCUGCGAGUUCUAGGAACGAGCAUGUGGCACAGAUCUAUGUGAUCGCAAACUAUCCAAUAAAAUGUCAUCCGGCCUCUGUAUGCA